UAUCUUCAGAGUCAAACCAAGACUCUAGUCGGACACGAUGACAUCAAUGUGUGCACUUGUGUAACAUUGUUGAAGUUCAACCAAUCUUUCCUGAGUUUCUUUUAGAGAUGCUUUGUAUACUUUCCAAACGCAAGCUGUUUGCACAAAAUGUUGUGUCUCCUUUUCGCUUUUUGAAAGCUACAACUACCACUACUUUGAACAGAAUGACUUUCAGUGUGUUGGGAAAAAAACAGAUCAGCAGCACUCUUGGCACGCAAAUACUGUUUCACACAAGUCGCCUUAUUUCCCAUUCAUACCGUACUACUAAGGUUACCCUCCUUUCCAACUAUAUUACAAACCAAAGACGAUUUGCAAUAAAUGCCUUUCAGAAACACCAUCAAUACUAGUUCCAACUUUAUCACUCUUACUACUAAAAUAUCGUUUUAGACAUAUUUCACCUUCGGCAAACCCAGUAAUUCAUAAAGACAAAGGCGUUUCUCAGAACGGACUAAUAGCUACAGUCGCCAUCGUCAAAACAUUUUACCAGGUGGAUACAACCAUGACUUUCAACAGUGUCCUUUUGCUUGCUUUAUUUCAUGGUUCCCAACAAGUUGAGUAUACUUUGAACUGAAAACUUUUCCCUUGCUAUAAAAAAGCAAGUCUAUUCAGCUUUCGUUUUCAAUAACUGUCAAACCUUAUGGGUGUCGUUUUUCCGCAAAUAAUAUUUCAAAAGACAUAUUUGAAUCAAUAGAAUUGAUCUAAAAGCACAACAAUAUAAAAAAUCAUUAAAAAUACCUUCCUACGUUAUCCUGAGAAAUGAAUUUGUUUUACAAAAAGUGCAAAUAUCGUUUACACUCAAAAACCUGUUGCAAAGCUACAGACCGAUUUCUCCAUCGCAAAAAGAGUCACAUAGAAGACCAAAAAAUACCAUACGGAAUAUAAUUCUGUGUACUGACUAAAAGACUCAACUGAGAGUCUGGCUGGUUUCUUGUUCUUGCAGAAUAUCUUGGAAAUAUCAACCCAAAGACUGUUUCUCAACAACAGACUACAAGAUUAGACUAUCAACUGCUAAUACAUACGCAAAAAUGCUCUGAAA